GCCGCACUUGGGUCCUCAACAGAAACCCACAUUAUGACAAAACCCGACUUCGGGAAAAGUUCGGUACUCGGAGCCCGUUUCGCCUGCUCGGUUUUUACGGAGCGAUUCGGCCCUGCCCUUCUCGACACUUCUGAGCGACACAGCUGGAGCGAUCGUUUUCGAUGAGGCCGCUCACGGAUCGGCACGUUUUCAGUGAAGUUGAAUGAUGGCGUCACAUUGGGCUCAUUCUCACGGCGAAGAUGAGGGGAGGCAACCUGCGAGACCUUAUUUCUGCGAGAAUGAGUCAUCGGAGUGGGGUGACCUGGCUGAUCCUCCGGCAGGGCUGUACUCUGCAGAGGAGGAGCCUUUCUCAUGGCCGGGGCCUAAAACUGUGCGUCUACGCCGUACCUCCCAGGGCUUUGGCUUCACGCUGCGCCACUUCAUUGUUUAUCCACCAGAGUCGGCUGUAUACGGCGCUUUACCGGAGGAGGAUCGUGGGCGCAGAGGGAGACCACGGAAUAGGCUUGAACCAAUGGACACGAUCUUUGUGAAGCAAGUGAAGGAAGGUGGUCCUGCUCACGGAGCUGGACUCUGCACAGGAGACCGAAUAGUAAAGGUGAAUGGAGAAAGUAUCAUUGAGAAAACCUACUCUGAGGUUAUUGCCUUGAUCCAAGAGAGUGAUGGCUUUCUUGAACUCUGUGUGAUGCCAAAAGAUGAGGACAUACUGCAGCUGGCCUACUCCGAGGAUGCAUACCUCCGUGGUCACUGUGCCUAUAGUGGAAAUGCCCGUCACAUCCCUGAGCCACCUCCUGUAUGCUACCCUAGAGUAGACUGUAAGCCUCCGGGCAUGGCCCAGGCAGCAGACACAUCUUCCCCAGCAGAGCAGGGGUGCCGGGGGCCAGCGGCAAUUCCUGAUCUCGGUUACCGCAAGGAGAUAACCGUACCUCCAUCCCCGCCUCCCCAGUCAUACCAAAAAAGCCAGAUGGCGGUGUGCAUGCGCAACGAGAGCGUGAGGACUGUGGUGGUUCCUCAUGACACAGCUCAUAUGGGUCGUGUGGGUCCAGCACACAGAAUGGAUUACAUGGACCCUGUCUUCAUCAGGGGCAGACCUGGUUCAGUCUCUCAGUACCCUCUUCCACGGAAGAUCGAUGUCUACCCUGCUGGGGCAGGAAUGGUUUCUUAUGGAGCUCCACACCUUCACUAUCCAGCCAACAACCAAAACAUUGACUGGCGCACCUACCAAACUUACAGGGAGUACAUUGACAACAAAGGAAUCCAUUCCCAUGGUAGCCGGACUAUUCAGGAGAGGCUGGAUAGCUUACGUGCUGCCAGUCAAAAUACCUUCAGCACCACCCACCACAUUCCCCGGGGAGGCUGGGGCUCAAAAGCGGUCCGGCGUAGGAGCACCUCCCAUGACCGCUCCUACCAUGGACCUCCACCCCACUUCCAAAUCCCUCCUCGCAGCGCCUCACAGGACCGCAUGAGUGGGUCAGAUAGGAUGGGCCAGGCUAGGAACUGGCCCCCUCGUAGUGCGUCUCAAGAUGGUCUUACACACAAAACCAGGGCACGCUCCAUGGACUAUGUUGACCCUGCAGAGCUGGUACGGCCAAUGGACAAGAGAGGAGGGUACAGUAGGGCAGACCAAGGUACAAGGCCCAGUCGACAGCCUAUACCCAGACAGAAUAUCCUCUACAGACCUCCUGCUUCAUAUGGCAGCAGCAUGAGGAAGCCCCCGGCUGCUCUCUACACUAAAGGACCAGACUGUCUAAAGACCCGCUCAUCACCCUUGCUCUCAGACAGACCCUCUCAGUUAGGGAAGAGUACUAGUACUGAACCUUCCCCUGUUGACCAAAGAGCUGUAGUCAAAGAUAAUCGUGCAGGUCAUUCUGCUCAGCAAGGCCGGAGCAGAGAACGUGCUGAGACCAUGCAAGCUGCCGAAACAGGAAGGGAAGCAGCGACAGGAGGACACAGGUCUUCUUCCUGCUCUGCCCACCAACAGAGACCACAGAGGCCUGGCAUUCUAAAAACCCCCCCGUCAGACCCUCAGAGUGCGAUGAAUGGACGAAGCCCUACAGAUGGGAGCGUAGUUCUGAGGGAGAAGCCGCCCUUGGCAAAGAACCCCAGUCCUCUUCGCCACCCUUCCUACAUCCUGGCUGUGAACGAUGACAGAGCAGAUUCUGCGACGGAUGUUGCGGCAUGCUGGCUUCCCAAUGAUACACGUCGAGAGAUGCACAUGCGUCGUCUCGGGGAGCAACACCAGACCUCCUGCUCCAGCAAUUUGGAUGAGUCUCUGGACUCCAUUCCAUUCAUUGAUGAGCCAGCCAGCCCCAGUGUUGACCGCGAGGCAGCUCGCAUUCCAGCUUCCGCUGUGAUUUCUGUUGCUCCAUCCACCACUACUGCCAACGCAAGCCCAACCUCUCCGUGCCCUCCCAUUCGCCGCCAGCUGUCACAUGACCAAGAGUCCCUCAGAAAUGCCCUUCUUGAGUCUGAGUCAGCAACCAAAACGGAACGGUCCAAAUCCUAUGAUGAAGGUCUUGACAACUACCGUGAGGAGGGGCGAGGGCGGUCUUCCAGUAGGCAUAUGCACAGCCUGUGGGGCCUCAAGAAGGCUCUGGAUGGACACAAAUCUUCUGAAGACUCUGGAUCUAGAAGGGAUUCCUCCUCUGAUAUCUUUGCGGAUUCCUCCAAAGAAGGCUGGCUCAACUUUCGACAGCUUAGCACAGAUAAAAAUAAGCGUGUUGGUAGUGGAAUGAGGUCUUGGAAGCAAAUGUACGCAGUGUUACGAGGCCCCUCCUUCACACUCUACAAAGACAAGAAAGACGGGCUGUCCCAUGCCUCCUCGCAAUCUGACGAGGACCCCCAGCCAAUCAGCAUCAAGGCCUGCCUGAUUGACAUCUCCUACAGUGACACAAAACGCAAGAAUGUGCUCCGGCUAACUACAUCAGACUGCGAAUACUUGUUCCAAGCGGAGAACAGGGAUGACAUGCUGGCCUGGAUCAGAGUCAUUCAGGAGAACAGCAAUUUGGAUGAGGAGAAUUCAGCUGUAACGAGCCAGGAUCUCAUCAGUAGAAAGAUCAAAGAAUACAACAUGAUGAGUACACCCAGCAGUAGGUCAGAGCCUUCGCCCAAAACGUCCCGUCAGUCCCUCAGCAUCAAGCAAGCCUUCCUCGGAGGUAAAGGAGAAGGCAAGAGUCAUAGCCCUCAUUCACCUAAAGCUGGGGAGGAGCGAAGGACUCUGAAAGAUGACUCCAGCCCACCACGGGACAGAGCUGCGUGGAAAAGAGGGAUUCCAGGAAUCAUGAGGAAGCCCUUUGAGAAGAAGCAUCCCGCUGGGGUCACAUUUGGGGUGCGGCUGGAUGACUGUCCACCUGCUCAGAACAACAGGUUUGUUCCUCUGAUUGUGGAGAUCUGCUGUAAAGUGGUGGAGGAGAGGGGCCUGGAGUACACUGGAAUUUACAGAGUCCCUGGAAACAAUGCUGCCAUCUCCAGCAUGCAGGAGGAGCUCAACAGCAAAGGCAUGACGGACAUAGACGUCCAAGAAGAUAAAUGGCGGGACCUCAAUGUCAUCAGUAGUUUAUUGAAAUCCUUUUUCCGCAAACUUCCAGAACCCCUUUUUACAAAUGAGAAGUAUGCAGAGUUCAUUGAAGCCAACAGAGCAGAGGACUCGGUGGAAAGGCUAAAAGAAUUGAAGAGGCUGAUCCUCGAGUUGCCUGAUCAUCACUACGAAACUCUCAAGUUCCUCUCUGCCCACCUCAAGAGAGUUUCUGAGAACUGUGAAAUGAACAAGAUGGAGCCUCGGAACCUAGCCAUCGUGUUCGGACCCACCCUGGUCAGAACCUCCGAGGACAACAUGACCAACAUGGUUAACCAUAUGCCAGACCAGUGCAAGAUCGUGGAGAAUCUCAUCCAGCAGUACGAGUGGUUCUUCACCGAGGAGGGCGAUGACGACCCUGUCACCACAGCUGAGCAGGAGAGCACAGUGCAGUCCCAGCCUGUGCCCAACAUCGAUCACCUGCUCUCCAACAUCGGACGGACCGCCGGCUCCCCCAGCGAAGUCUCGGAUUCAGCAUGUAGUGACUCCUCCAAAUCCAAGCAGGGCUUGUGGGGGUCCGGGAAGGAUCAGUGUAGUAAAGAGAUGCUGCGCUCCUCCUUCUUUGUCAGCCGUAAGCGUAAGAAGCCCAAAGACAAGGCUCAUCCCAGCAGCUCGGACGAUGACUUGGAUGCGAUCUUCCCAAAGAAGGAGCUCCCAGAGGAGGGCCAGCAGCAGCCUCCCUGGUCCCCAGGCAGCCAGACUGAGGAAGAGGAGCGGGAGACGGAUGAAACCAGUGAGAAAGAACAGCGCAGGAACAGCUCAGAGGACCAGCUUGGCAAAACAAGUGGAAAGGAGUCUCGCUCCAGCAGCCUGAUGUCUCAGCCGUCUCCCUCCCCGUCCCCCAAGUGCACCUCCCCCAGCCUCCACGACACAUCCCCCUACGCCUCGCACUCACACUCCCCCAGCCUCGGUUACCGCACGCCUGUGGUUCACCAGUCCUCUUUGUCGGACCCGCCCUCCAACUACGACGACACGGUGUCUGACCUGGGCACCAUGAACAGCACCAGUUCUCAGGCCUCAGUGGCCAGAGUCCGGCAGGGCUGGAGGCCGGCUCAAGGACUGGAGGUGGGCCCCAGUGGGGUGGCGGCGGAGAUUUGCUCCAUCACCUCUGACUACUCCACCACAUCCUCCAUGACGUUCCUGACCGGGGCCGAGCUGAGCACCAUCAGUCCCGAGGUACGUUCGGUGACAGAGAGCAGGGGCGGGGACGACGCAGAUGAUGAGCGCAGCGAGCUUGUUAGCGAGGGGCGGCCGAUGGAGACGGACAGCGAGAGCGACCUGUCGGUGUUUGUCAGUGGGAAAGAUGCAGGUCUGACAGAGGAGCGAUGCCAGCCAGACUUGCAGGAGGUCCUCCGGCCUCUCCCCUCCCACAGACUUAUAGAAUGCGACACCCUCUCCAGGAAGAAGGCUGCAGCCGCGCGGCAGAAAACGGACAGUGAGUCCUCGCUGGACGGAGCGCGGGGUGACAAGGACUCCACUCGCCUGACCCGGGCGCCGGGGACGGGCAAGGGCCGCUCCACGGGGAGCCUGAGCUCAUCGUCCCGCAGUGAGUCGGAGAAAACGGAGCCUGCGUGGAAGCUGAAGAUCACAGACCGGCUGAAGUGCCGCCUGCGAACUUCGGUGGAUGACAUGUUUGGCGUGGGCACCCAGAGGAGCCGGUCCCCCGAGGGCCGUAGUAAGAAAAAGAACAUUCGGCGGAGACACACGAUGGGCGGCCAGCGGGACUUUGCCGAGCUGUCCGUGUUGGGAGACUGGCAGCAAGGGGGCUCGGGCUUGCGGUCCGAGCUUUCCGCUAUGGAUCGGCUGAAGCCCAAGUGCAGCUCUCAGGACUUCUCCAUUGGAGACUGGAUUGCUCGCGAGCGCCAUCGCAGCAGCAACCCUGAGGUCCGCCUGGACUUCUGUGAGCACCAGGGGGCGUCGUGCAACGCGGACCCCAAGACCCCAAGGGGCGCCUCGCGCUCCUCGGAGCUCCUCCCAUUUCGUCCCGCCGAGCUGUCCAACGGGGACGUGGCCCAGAGUAAGAGCCUCAGCCUGUCGGCCACCUCCCACCCUCACAAACUCUCUGGUGCCCAGGUGGUCCACUCCCGCUUUUACCAGUACCUGUAAGACGCAGCAGCGCGAGUGUGCGGGCGGGGCCGUGUCGUGAGGUCCGUCGGACGCGCUCGUAUCUGGGUGUCCGUGAGGAAGAUGUCUCGUGAGAGUGAGCGUGUUCAUGCAGAAAGUGUCAGUCCUGCAGCGUCAUGUUGGGUGUCUGUGAGAGUUGUGAAUGUGUGAAAGGAAGAUGGCUGCACGCCGGGCUCGUUCAUCUCAUUCAUGUCCAGCGCAUGGACCACACGGUUAGCUUCUACCCUUCUUUCUGUAAGACAAGGGACUCUGGGCUUGCUUCACACGAGGACAACUUCUGUCCUAAUUCAGAUCCCAGUUACGCUGAAGAUGUGGACGCCCUAGCGGUCGUGGAACAGGGGGCCUUUUUCAGUACGUGUAAAAAGGAAGAAGAAGUCUGCAACCAGGCUGAACUGCAGAUUGUUCUAGAGGCCAGUUCAGCUGGAUUUAAGGGUAGAACUUGUAGAACAAGUAGGAAAUAGUGUUAAACCAUAUUUUUAGCAUUGCAGAGGAACUAUUUUUGUUUAAAGGAGAGUUACCAUGUUUUUGCUCGGGGGGGGGGAACCAAAUGAAGAAUGUACAGACGUGCUGGCUGUAACAGACUAAAAGCUUUAGCUUCCUGUGUCUCGUGCUAUAGUGUACAUACCCUCCUCUGUUUCCUGUCUGUACUUGAAGCGUGUUUAUCGGUACAGCCUGUGUUUGGACCGCCAUACAAGCAUUGUGCUGUCACAAGGGGCCAAGGUACAUGGGGACGAGAGACGCUGGACUUAUGCAGACGAUGCUGUUGGUACUCGCCCCUUUUAGUAAAGCGGCGAGGAGCCGCGAGCCACAUCCCUUCCAUGCAGCGUGUUACGUGGUGCGUAUGUUGAUGUGCUUAUGUGUCACACAUCUGUCAGUUCUGGCAUGAGACUGCAGAACAAAAACAAAAAAACGGAAGGUUAAGGAAAAAAAAAAAAUAUGAAUAAUCGAAUCAAAAUCGUGUUUCCUCGCAACAGGAAGUGCCUCACAGCGAAAGGUUAAGGGUGCCAUACGGUCUUUACAUGAAGAUGUUACUGUGAAUGACAUUUUAAUCGUUGACUCACACGGUUUAUCCAGCAGGUCAUCUAACCAACGCCGAGCUUCCAUUCCACGGGCAUUCCACUCCGGUCUUAACGUGUUUUGUCAUUUCUUUCCCCCACUUUUACUUUCCUGGAUUUUAACAGAACUUGAAUUUUGAAUAUUUUCUGUAAAAAAUAAAUAAAUGAAUAAAUAAGUAACUUAAAUGUGUUUAUAAAUGCCAUGUUUUAGCUGCUUCUCUCUUCAUUGGCAUCAUGUGGCGGGUUAAUGUUAAGUUCAGUGUCGCUCAGCAGGCCGGCUGGGAGCAGACAGGAGGUACUGGUUCUGUGUGGGAGACGUACUGGUUCUGUGUGGGAGAUGUACUGGUUCUCGUACUGGUUGUGUGUGGGAGACGUCCCUGCAUGUGAAGACACCUCGCUGAGCUGGGUCUCCUCAGUCAAAGGGGGGGCCGCACUCAGAAAACACUGGAAAUAAAUCUUGUUGA